GGGGCCGGCCGUGGCGGCGCCGGCCUACUCCCCACUGCCCUGCCCUGCCCCGCGAUCCGCAGAUCGUCAAGGUUAGACGACAACGGCAAUUUAAAUAUGCAUCUUUAGUUCAGGUGUUACAAACUCACAAGUAAUUAUUUAGCGAAUAUGCUAGUUUAGUUUAGAUGUUACAAAUUCGCAAGUAAUUAAUUAGCUUCAAGUAGAGUAAAUUCGGUAGUAAAGUAAAUUUGGUAGAGUAAUUUCGCUAGUUUAGAUGCUAGUUUCUGCUUUGAUGUUGGGUUCAGGGACUAUAACAUUUAGGAUCUUAAAUAGUACUGCUAUUGAUGAUAUACUUUUGUUUGAAUUCGGCAAUGAAUUUUGUUUGAAUUGAAUUCAUCAACUAUUUAGGUGGGAAUGCGUUGUUGGUACUUUUGAAUUGAAUUCACCAAUGAAUUUUGUUUGACAUAAAUUUCAAAUUUAUUUGCUAGCUUCUGUAAAUUGAGAUAAUUAGCAAGUCUCCAUAACUUUAACAAUUUCAUUUUUUACAUUGCACACGUAAUUAUUGUCGUCUUGUGCAUACAACUAGAUGGAUAAUAUAGUAACUGUUUAUCAUGGGGGAAGUGUCGAGGAAGAUGAUUUUGGAAAUAUUAGAUUUGUUGGAAUGCAAAGGGCCCCUAUGUUGUUUGUUGGGAGACCAUUGUUUGCAGAGGUGCUUGCAAGGGCUAGUGAUCUGAUUCAUUGCAAUUCAAAUGACGGUGAAAUUAAAGUUGAGGGUACUUCACCAUGGUAAAUCGGGCUUAACUUAUCAUAGACGGCUGCUCCCAAUAGCAUGCCAGGAUGAUUGGGAGAAUUACGUAAAUGGUGUCAUGAAGAAUGAAAUUCCAUUAAUUGAUUUGCUUGUGAGCAAGUUGUCACAUGAUUCAAGCCCUCAUAUGCAUUCUCCUUCCGGGAAUAAUUGCCAUUCACCUCCUCGCGAGUUAUCACCUGAAAAAGAGUUUCCUGCACCUCCCGAUCCUCCAAUAGCAAACCGUUCUGGAAAUGUGCAACAUAUGGUUGUGGUCCCUGAUGCAGAAUCCGACCCUAAUUUCGAUGGCAUAUCUCAUGAUCCUGCCGCACAAUGUCAUAAUCAUGACGAUGUAACGCCCGCUCAGGAGAUUCCUUUGAGCCAGAAUCAUCCAAGAGACAUUGCAUAUAAUAUUGCUAUUCCUUCUGUUCCUCCAGCAACCAGUACCGGCCGGGCUUCUAACAGUGUGGAAGUUCAAAUUGAGGAUGAUGAGGAGCCUUAUGAAACGGCAAGAGCUGUUGAUUCUGAUGAUGACCGCUAUGUUGGUACAGCACCAUUGACUGAAGAAGAAAGCGAGCUCCUCAGACGAUUAUGUCCUGACCGUGAUCCACUAGUGCCUGAAUUCAGCGAUCUCAGACAUUGCCAAGGUGCAUUUGCUAAAGGAAGAGAGGACGAGUUGCUAGAGCCUCAUGAGACAGGGGACCGUUCGGAACUUGCAAAGGGUCUUCUAUUCAAGGACUUGGCUUCUGUUUGUAAAUGGUUACAAGAGUACUCUAUGAAACGUAAAAGGCCAUUUAGAGUUGUGCAUUCUUAUGUGAACCGAUGUUACACAGUUGUGCAUUUUUAUGUGAACCGACGUUACACAGUUGAUUGUGAGAAGGCUGGUUGCAAUUGGCGGGCAUGUGCUCGGAAACAGAAACUCACAGGAAAGUUCAAGAUCACCAAAGUUGUUGGUCCACACACAUGUGCGGAAAAUGAAUUGCAGCUUAAGCAUCGACAGCUGACCUCGACCCUCAUAGCCAACAAGUUGUGCCACACAUUGAAGUAUCAGCCGAAUUUGUCGGUUCGGAUGAUUAUAAACUAUGUUCAGGAUAUGUUUGGAUACAUGAUAAAAUAUGGGAAGGCAUGGCGGGCAAAGCAAAGGGCAUGGAAGAUGAUAUAUGGUGAUUGGGAGGAGGGAUUUAAGAAAUUGUCUGCCUUGUUGAAUGCAAUGAAAGCCGGAAAUCCAGGCAUGCAUUAUGAGUACAUCCCAAAACCAAAUGCAUGGUCGCAGGACAGACGCCAAUUUUUCUGGCGUGCAUUCUGGUGCUUCCCCCAGACAUGGUGAGGACUGCUUAGUACAGAUGUGCACCGACGGGAUGGAUGGCGGUCGGCGUUUCUUCAAAUGU